AUGUUGGCAAAAGUCUCGGAAGAGCCGACACUUACGGAUCCUGAUGGAGCGACGAGCCCACGAAACGGAUCCCGCAGCAGCACAAGGGCCCAGCAGUCAACAAAGGAAGAGCCGGCUCUUGUUCUGAGCAAUCGGAACGCUUCCGAUAUGAGUCAGGGAAGGACAAGAGACCGAGCUGGAAAUCUGACAGGAGGACCUGCGGACCGGAGCCUCGUCUGGGAGCGUGAGCGGCAGCCAGCACCAGAGCGUGAACCGGAGAAGGGAGUAGGAGGCCACACACGACAUCAGGCGCCACUUCCGAAGGACGUCCGGGUUCCCCUUACUUCGGGUCGUUCGCGGAUGAUUGAGCUUAAGGCUAGUGCAGGCAUCGUCUGUGAAGGAACUGGGAACGUUCUGUGCCGCGAAGCAAAGAUGACGUUAGGUGCUGAAUCAGAAGCCCUUGUCCACAACGAGCCGAAACGUAGUGGAUCAAGUGAACGGCACAUCCAGAACAAUCGGUCGCCUCUUGCUUCGUGUGACCACUGA